AAAUGUAUGAUAUAGCUCUAGGAGUGGCUCGUGGGAUUGAAUAUUUACAUUAAGGAUGUGACAUGCAAAUUUUACAUUUUGAUAUCAAGCCUCACAACAUUCUUCUUGAUGAAAAUUUUACUCCCAAAGUUUCUGACUUUGGACUAGCAAAGUUAUAUCCAACAAAUGACAGCAUUGUUUCUUUGACUGCUGCAAGAGGGACAUUAGGAUACAUGACUCCUGAGUUGUUCUACAAAAAUAUUGGAGGCGUCUCAUACAAAGCUAAUGUUUAUAGUUUUGGAAUGUUAUUGAUGGAAAUGGCCGGUAGAAGAAAGAACGUAAAUGCAGUUGCAGAACACUCAAGCCAACUAUACUUCCCUACUUGGGUUUAUGACCAAUUGCAAAAUGGAAACGACGUAGAAAUAUUGGAAGAAGCCACAGAAGAGGAAAAGACAAUAGGGAAGAAGAUGAUCAUUGUUGCAUUAUGGUGUAUACAGAUGAAGCCUAAUGAUCGCCCUUCAAUGAACAAAGUUGUUCAAAUGCUUAAAGGAGAAGUUGAAUGCUUACAAAUGCCUUCCAAGCCUUUCCUUUCGGCACUAGACGAAACCGUAAUAGGUGGUGGAGAGAAUUCGAAUCAAUCAAAUGAAUCAAGUCAAUCAUCUCAAUUUUAAAUGCAAAUUUGUUUAUGUAUGAGUCUUUUUGAUUUAUUAUAUCCCUGUUUAAAAAGAAAAUUAGUUUUCUCUUAUAUAUUUGAUAGCGCAAAGAUGCUUAGUAUUUCUAUGUAACAAAUAAGAGUUUGUUUAAAUUAAGAUAACUCUAGCUCCUUAUUACAUCAGCUUUUUUUUUUU